AUGGGUCCAAACGUCCACGCCAUCAUGGAUAGUCGGUCAAAACAUGCCGCGGGCUCUAACUCAAGGCAUGAUGCUGGACUACAAUCUGCGGUCAAAAUCAGGGUCGAAUCGCCCAUGCCGUCAAGGAGAUUGGGUGAAACCUCCCGGUGA